AUGGCAAGACGAAGAGGGGCAGCCGCCUCAGGCGUCGCCCGCAGAGCCGAAGCUGCACAGAGAGGAGCCCGCGCAUCGCCUCGAACCACCCGGAACACUCGGUCAUCAGCGAACCAAGUCGACGCCGAUGCCCUCGUCCCGGGUGUCUACAGGCAGAUGCUGCGCGACUCCGGUGCCUUGCCGGACCGCAUGACGUCAGAGGAUUCCGAGCGACCUCUGAAGAAGCGUCGCACCGGACGACAAGCUGCCCAAGGAAUCCCCACAUCUCGGGCGCAGGAGACUGAUCGAAACGUGGCCGUCGUGUCUCCGAAGGCGCGAGAAGGAAAUACGUUGAUCGCUAAUGAGCACGGGGACGAAGAUGAUGACGACGAAGACAUCGAGUUCGAGGAUGUUGAUAUACCCAAGCCGACUAUACAGACCACCUACCGCGAGUCGAGUGACGAAGAGUCCGAAGAUGACGCCCAAUUCGAGGAUGUGGACUUCGGCGCGGUCUUCGCAAACACCGAGCAGCCCCCUGAACAACAAGAGACACUCGAGCUCAACCUCACUGCAGCCAGGGAGGCUCUGACACCGUCUAGGCGCAACGCAGACCGCAGGAAGCCCGUCAGCAAGGAAGAGAAGGAACGUCGUGUUGAGAUACACAAGGCGCACAUACUCUGUUUGCUGGCACAUGUCGAGAAAAGAAAUCACUGGUGCAACGACCGAGUGGUCCAGGAAAACCUGCGGCCCCUGCUUACAGCCAAGAUCGUGCAAUGGCUGAAUCCAGAGCCCCAUCUAACACAAUUCGGCCAGACUGAGUCCCUCAAAAAAGGCUUGCAGAUGAUCAUGGAGAAGUUCCAGCAAAGAUUUUCUAUCACAGAACUAGGCCUGCGAAGGGCACUGUGGGCUGAGGACGAGAAGCAACUGGAGAAUUACGGACUCCCAGAUGAGAUUGACUCUUGUCUAGAAAAGGCCGACUUUCGAAAAGCUGCUAAACGCCUGAAUGGCUCUAGAGAUGUUGGUGCUCAACUGUUCUGCGCGCUGCUAAGAGCUGCUGGCGUGGAGACCCGCCUUGUCUGCUCAUUGCAGCCUCUGUCCUUUGUCACAAGCGGUCCUACAAUGCCAAAGCCUCGCCAGGCAAAGACGCCGUCCAGGCCGGCCCCGGCAAGGGUUGAGGCUGCACGAGCAGAUCCCACCUCAUCUGUCGCAAUGUCAUCCCCUCGUGCCCGUCUUGGCCAUCCAAACGCCGCUGCCUACAUUGUUCCGGAGGUCUCCGCACCUCCAACAGUCACACCUCGAACUCCACCGAGGCAAGCCGUUCACCUGCGCGAGUCCAAUUUCCCCGUCUACUGGGUCGAGGUUCUCGACGCAGCUCAUCAGAAAUGGCAGCCUGUUGACGUCCUCGUUACUUAUACCUUGUUUCGUGCCAACAAACUCGAACCGCCAGCCGCGGACCGUGAAAACUGUUUGAGCUACGUGAUUGCCUUCGAAGAAGAUGGGUGCGGAAAAGAUGUUACACGAAGGUACGCAAAGGCAUACAAUGCCAAAACAAGACGAUUACGGGUUGACGGGCCGUUGAUUCCCGAGGACGAAGGGAAGAAGUGGUGGCGCAGAGUUAUGCGCCGCUACAAACAGCCCGGCGUUAAGAGCAACUUGGACCAGAUCGAGAACAAUGAAUUGAGCGGCCUGGAGGCGAGGGAGCCAAUGCCACGGAAUGUUGCAGACUUCAAGAACCAUCCUGUGUAUGCGCUCGAGAGGCACAUGCGGCGGCAUGAGGUCCUCGCUCCGGAUGCAUCGGUCGUGGGCACGGUCGGGGCAGGGAGCAAAGGCCCGCUGGAGAAGAUAUAUCGGCGGCGUAACGUGCUUGCUGCAAGGAGCGUGGACAAGUGGUACCGCCUAGGCAGGGAGAUUAAUCCUGGAGAGGAACCAGUGAAGGUCCUGCCGAGACGGAAAAGACCGCAGAGGAAGGGCAGGAGGGCAGCUGAUGACGAGGACGACAGCAGCAGCAGCGAUGACCCUGUACUCGGACCAAGCCCCUCCAAGGGCAUACCGAUGUUCACGUUCGAUCAGACCUCGCUCUAUGUCCCGCCGCCUGUGGUCGCUGGCCGCGUGCCCAAGAACAAGUUCGGCAACAUCGACCUCUAUGUGCCUAGCAUGGUGCCCGCCCACGGCGCGCACAUCUCCCAUCCUCGUGCAGGACACGCCGCACACAUCUUGGGCGUGGACUACGCGCCUGCCCUGACUGGGUUUGACUGGCGAGGCCGCAAGGGCACGGCUGUGUACAACGGUGUCGUUGUCCCGGCUGAGGCGGAGGAGGGUGUGAGAUCUGUCAUUGACGGCUUUGAGGACCUCGAGGCAAUGCUCGAGGAGGAGAAGAGGAGUCGACGGGCUCUGGCGACCUGGAAGAGGCUGUUGAGGGGUCUGCGGAUCCGGAAGAGCGUCUUCGGCGACGAGGAUAUGUUUGAUGAGUCCGUUCCUUUGGAAGAUUUUUCUGUGGAUGAAGAUGAGGAUAUGGACGAUGAAGGGUCGGACCAAUUUGCUGGAGGGUUUGAACCUGAUCACAACCAGGCAGGUGGCUUCGAGCCAGGAGGGUUUGAGCCAGGAGGGUUUGAGCCAGGCGGAUUUGAACCCCGUGGAUUUGAACCGGGCGGAUUUGAGCCUGACGCUACUGAGCCUGGAGGGUUCGAGCCUGCUGGCGUUACCAUCGACGUCAAGGGCAAGGGCAAGGCCGUAGAUGUUGAUUAUGAUCACCACUUAGCGCAGACGCCUGAAGACAGCCUGGGCCCCCAUCGGCGGCAACGUGCACGAAGGCGCGUGUUGGAAAGCGAUGACGAAGAUGAGGAGGACGAGCCGAAAACCAUGAGCGUGACGGAAGAGAUACAGCCAGACAUUCCGACGGCGGAGCCUGGCGGCUUCGAGGUCGAGCCGGCUGGACAGGACCCUCCUCCGUUGACGGAGCAGGUCGUGGAUGCACCUGCUAUCAACGUUGUGGUCAACGCUGUUCAAAACGACGGGCCGCUAAGCUCCGAGGCCAACGUGGACCAGGCUGCUCUCGUUGACAAUGUUGCCGACGAGAUGACUCCAGCUCAACAGCUUGAUGGCUUGGCUGAAGAACGCAAUGUCGCGGAAGGCCGCCAUCAAUUAGAUGCGGAGGAUACUGAUCUAGACGAUGCCCCCAGCGAUAUCACGGAAGAGCUGUAUAUGGAUGAAGAUGGAUCUCUGAUCGAGUAA